CUCGCGAGAUGAUCGUGCCUGUGGAGAGGGGUUGAUGCGAGGAAAAGUGGAAAAUCCAAUGAUUGAUGCAUUUGUAAAACGGAUAGAUAGCUAUGUUUCGGUCGCUGCUCGAUAAAUAUUACAGCAAAACCUACCAAAAUUGCCGAAUUUCAAUUCACAGCUUGCACAUCCCUCCAUCGCGCGGGGCAUAAGGCGGUCCUGGGGGGUUAGUCAGACGGCUGAAUUCUCGCUAGCUAACUUGGCUAACAAUGCUAGGUUAGCUUUGUUUACAUCAAGUGCGCGCCUGGAGUGUGUCGGCUAACUGCUAAUCGAACACACUUCGGAUCCAAGAAGCAGCCUUUCUUUCAAUUUCAAUUAGUUACUAACGAGGAGACAUUGUUGGACAGUAAAUGGGGUUCUCUAUUUCUCCUGUGAAAGGUUUGGAUGAUAUAGUAAGCUAGCCUUAGCUUCGAAAUGCUAACCUUUUGAUCAUGGGUCUGUGGGUGAAUUGACUCAGUGAUAGCUGGUAGAUUGUCUUUGGAAUAAUGUGAGUUAUAACAACAAAGGGUCACAUUGGUCCGGAACUAAGAAAGCUUUAAUUGAGGACAUAAAACUCUCGUUUUUUAAAUAUGAACGACUGCAAACAGGUAAUGCUAACAUUAGCUAGCAGCCUGUGGAGGUAGUGUGCGCGUUCAGUUAUAACCGCUUUACCAUGUUCGUUGUGAACUACCCAGUCCAUCAGUGAUACAUAGACCUGCAUUCUAAACUGGAGGGGGUGAUUUUUGCUCCACCAGACCGGUUACUGUUUCCUCCACCCACCCCGAGACUUGGCUAUCUGUAUUGGUUGGAUCUUUUCCCGGGGCUGCGGAGUACACCGCUAUGAACCCUGUGAAUGCAACCGCUCUGUACGUGUCCGCCAGCCGGGCCGUGCUGCAGUGUGACCCGCGGCAGCCGAGCACCUUCACAGACAUGUACACGCUGCUGCCCUUCUUCAGACAGUCCCUCGCAUGCCUUGUCUGUGGUAAACUACUUCAAGAUCCCAUUUCUCCCGCACAUCCAGAGUGUCAGCAUUGUGUCUGCUCGGGCUGUAAAGGUCAGAAGAUGCGGAUCAGGCUGGCGUGCAACCGGUGUAAAGACUAUUCUUGCUUCCAGGAGAAUAAACAGCUCUCGUUGCUGGUGCAGUGCUACAGGAAGCUCUGCCUCUAUGUGACUCACUCACCGCUGCUGCAGCCCAUCAGCAGCCAUGUAGGAGGCUCCCCUGAGAUUAUGGCCUUGCUAGAGGAGGUUCUAAUGUCACAUGAGGAGGAGGUAGAGACGGAGGACCUUUGUCUAGCACAGGAUGAUGUGAAUCCCAUCGCCCCUGACUCCCUUACCCCCACAGAAGCACCACCUGCUCCUGCAGAGCUCUCAGCUGUACCCCAGAGCUCCUCCUCUGACCCUCCUUGUUCCAACGGGCCGCAGGAAUGCAACGGAGAAGUUCUGGAGGACCUGGAUCCUUCGUCCCCUGAGCUUGAAGUUUGCGAGCUGGUUGAGGAGCAGCCACAGGCAGGCCUGUCUGUGUCCCAUACUGGCUGUGGUGGUCUGGAACUGAGUCUGACCACUGGACCAUUAGCCCCGAAUCCAGGCACUGUGUGCUCUCUCAGGGAUGGGGAAUCAAACAGCAGGGAGCUGGAGGAGGGGGAGGUGUUGCUUCUGAGUGUGGAGGAGGUGUUACAGACAUUGGAUCCCCUUCAGCCUGGUCGAGAUUCUCCUCAUACGCAGCCAGAAAGAACACACACUCAUGCACACAUAACCACGGACAGAGCACACACUCAAAUGUACAUACAGCUAGACGCAGCUCACAACUACACACAGCUUCGGACGGACAGGACUAACACAGUGUCAAGCCUCGGUGCUCACAUACACACGUCCUCCUUCGAUCCUCCUCCCUCAUCCAAGCCUCCGCCAGUCCGCCUUAAACGAAAACGAUCGCGAUCAGAGAGCGACAGGGAGAAAGUGAAACCCCUCCCUAUUUCUUCCAUCUUACAGGGCUCCUCCUCACACUUACACACUCCAAAUCCCUCACAGACACUUCACGCACAACCACCUGCUCCCUCCUUAACCGUACCAGCUCACACAUACUCAUCCCUUUCGAACGGGGCGCCUCCCAAGCCCAGUCGCCCUGCUCCCAACCACAACAAAGGUGCCAGGAAACAUGUCGAUCAGGGCCCUAAGAAGCCCCACGCUAAGGCCCGCAGCGGUGGAGGCUCCAAGACCAAGGAUGGAAACAAAGACCAGCGGUUGAUGUCUGGCUGCCUCGUGCCUCCGGCCCCCGUCAGGCCUCCGUAUAAGAAGCCUGUGGAGAAGAAAGGCUGCAAGUGUGGAAGGGCCACCCAGAAUCCAUCUGUGCUGACCUGUAGGGGGCAACGCUGUCCCUGCUACUCAAACCGCAAGGCAUGCUUGGACUGCAUCUGUCGAGGUUGCCAGAACUCCUACAUGGCCAACGGCGAGAAGAAGCUCGAGGCCUUCGCCGUGCCAGAGAAAGCCUUGGAGCAGACGCGCCUCACCCUCGGCAUCAACCUCACCAGCAUCACCGCCGCCGCAGCGCUCCGCAACCCGGCGACCACCAGCAUCCGCGCCAACACCCUGCUCAACGUCGCCACAGCCACGGGGACCCCCGUCACCACGGCCUUCCUGUCCCCCAGCCCCCCGCAAGAACCCAACUAUGAAGACAGUCUGGAGCUGCUGAUUGGAUGAGAGGCUGGGACUCGUUAAACAGACAGCUCUGUGCUGAUUGAAUGUGACAGCUGAUCAGUGUGUCUGUCAGACAACCUGAACACUCCCCUCCUCUUUAUGAGGGGAGGCAAUCUAAGGCAGCUAUGGGUCUGUCCUGUCCUGUAACCUGCUUUUCUUCUUCUUUGUUGGAAAAUGCUGAGUAGUAAGACUAGCAUGGGUGUGCCAAAGCCUCCUGUAUUGUGCCUGUGUGCCGGUGUGUAUUGUUGCCUGCCUGUAUUAAACACUUAUACUCGGUUCUGUAUUUCAGAGGUGCUUUUUGUUCAUUAAAUCACAGACAUACUUUAAGAGGCAAUAGGCACCCAUACCUGUUUUUGUGUUUGUCAGCGUCUGCACACAAUUAUAGAUUUGCUAGUGUGCGAUUUUUCGGUGCAUAAUGAUGACGAAAAACAUCAUAUCUCCAUCACCUGUCACAGCAUUUUCCAUGUUUGUUACUUCAUGUAUGUUUAAGAAACGCAUAAUCUGUAUUAGGACGACCCUCACUAACCCUCGAACCCUGUAUGUGUUCACACCUUAUAGUGAAUGAACCUUGUGACUAAUCUAUGGAGAACUUCUGUUUCACAUAAGACUGUUUUGCCUUUUUCUAUCUCGUGAACUCACUCAAUCCAAGUACUGUCAGAUUAACGAUGAACUUGUCUUAAUGAACAUGACUGAUGCAGGCAUUGUACAGGCAGCGAAGUAAUGUCAAAGCACUUGGCUGGCUCCACAGUUUCUGUGCGCACGAGUGUGUAUGUGUGAGUGUGCAUGCGCCUGCUGAGAUUUACUGUAAUGUCAGUGAGGAGGUGUGUGAAGGGUUGUAAGCACUUAGUCUGAUUGAUUGGCCAAUUUACAACUAAAAACCAGUCUUGGUUACAAUAGCAAUAGGAGCACCAACAAGGGGCCUCCCAGCUCAUGUGCACACACAGUUGUUUACAGCAUUGUCAUUUAUAUAAUCUAUAACUGACUGUCUUCUAUAAUAUUACACUGUUAUGUCUUGAUUAUGAGAUUGUACAUGACUGUGUUUAGAUAAACUGAAGCCAUAGGUUGUCAUUAAUGAGACAAAAUAUCCUCUGUGUGUGCGUCCCCUCCCCUUGUUGUAGUGUCCUGACUGAUUAGAGACCAACUCAGAGACUAUUUUUGAUACCAAGUGUUUGGUACCACUGUCUUUAUUUUCUGUGUUUUGGUUGAAGCACCUUGAAGCCCUGCUAUAUCCCAAGAGGGUUUGUGUUGUCCGUGAUUUGUGUUUACCGUCUCAGCUGUAACUACAACAUGUUUGUCAGUCCAGUCAUGGUGACCAAAAAGAGACUGAAGCAGAAAGAGAGAGGACUCAGGCCGACCAAACUGACACCUUGGUUCUCCGCUCAUUGACCAGAAGCAGCAGGUGAAUUACAGUAAGAUCAGCAGAUAUGAUCUAUCUUCCUGCUUGUGUGUGUCUGUAUGUUUGUUUCAAAUUGUAUUUCUUUUGGGCAUUACUUGAACCCUGAUUAGUUUUUUGGUAUUGUUUUUUUUAUGUUAAAACUCUUGUUUGAGGAGUGACUCUUAUUAUUGCUGAAACAUUCACUGCCAUAAUAUGGAAACAUGUAAUACAACAUGAAUUAAAUGAUAGUUUUUUA